UGGUGCUGCUGGAAGAAGAAGAAGACGAAGACGAAGACGAAGAAGAAGAAGAAGAAGAAGAAGAAGAAGAAGAAGAAGAAGAAGAAGAAGAAGUUGCCAGCAUGGCGUUUACGUUGUACUCUCUCAUCCAGACUGCCAUUCUAUGCACUAAUGCAAUCGCUGUGUUGCAUGAAGAAAGGUUUCUAAGCAAGUUCGGCUGGGGUGUUGACCACGGAGUUGGAGGUUUUGGGGAUGAUCCAGGAAUCAAAGCCCAGAUUCUCACCCUCAUUCGCUCGGUCCGGACUGUCAUGAGAGUGCCUUUGAUAAUAGUGAAUUCGGCCUGCAUCGUCCUGUUGUUACUGUUUGGUUGACAGCGGGGACACCCGAGUGCCACUGUGAAAUGAAGCCAGAGGACUAGACAUGUGCCAAGGAAAAACCACAAACACACCCAGUAAUAUCCGUCAUUCAGAGACUUCUGCCUUUGCCAGUCAUCCGCAGGGGGGAGAUGUCUGGCAUGGAAAGAGAGAAACUUAAAAAUCACCAUGCAGCUGCUCGCAUCCAAAGAGAAGGAGAGUUGACCCGUCACUCGGUUGAAAGUAUGGCUGGUGUGGACUUAACACCAGGACUAACACUAACCUAACCUGCGUAACACUACACUUGAUGGUGAUUCUGUUAUCAUCCAAAAGCGUUGUGCUGUGCUUGCGUUUUUGUCCUCAUUUUCACACAUUGAGACACAAGGAUUUGAUGAUAUGUGUCAGUAUUAUCGCGUUACAAAUGAGAAACUUGUUAAAGAAGUGUUGUCAGCAGUAGGGCUGGACAAUAUGGAAGUAUUUAUUACAUGCUAUUACACUUCUGUCCAGGGGUAUAGCUACCUUUUUUAUAUAUACAUUUGGGAGUUUCCUAAACCAGGUAAAAAAAUACACAAUGUUUAUUUUUUAUUUUUUUAAGGCUGUUAAUUUGUAUUUUAGACUUCAGUGUGAUUGUGUAUUAUUUUGUCCUGAAAUGUACAAGGAUAUACUCUAAAACAACAUUGCGACCAUUGGGUAGGGAAAUGACAUUUACGGAAAAUGUAAUCAACCAGUUCCAUAACUGCAGUUUAAUAUAAUGAACAAUGUCUUCUGUACCAAAACAGCUAAAUUGCUAAAAUUCUUCACUUUAAACUGGUCAGUAAGCCAUACACACCUGGGAUUGGGUCAGAUGUGUGUAAUCUAGACUUUAAGCAAUAUUGCUAAACGGCUCAAAACAAUGCACCUUUUUACCGUUUACACAUCAAUACCCUCUCAAUGCCACAAACAUCACUGUAAUGGUAUUGGGAUGGUUUGUUGUCUUGAAAUAAAUGUAUUAGUCAAUAAUA